UCCGACUCUUGCCCAGAGUGCGAUGUGAGUGCGGCCGGGUAAACGGAGAUACAGAAAUAUCGACAACAUAAAAGUGCCAUAAAUCGAAAAGUAGACAUAUUGGAACAAUGGGAGGAUUCGUGAGGGUCUGGCCGGCCGAUUACAAUUGGCAGCAAGCGUCCACCAAUGCCAUUCCCAGUACAUUACAGAAAGCUCCACCACCCCCAGCUUUUUAUUUACCAUGGGUCAUGUCAAUGACUUGGUUAGCAUCUGGAAGAAACGAGGGUUACCAGCCAGCGUAUCAAGGACAAUUGCCAAAAGGGAUGAGGGAAUACUACAGUUGGAAUCAAGUAGAUUUCCAAUAUCCAAGUACAGCUGCAAGGGAACUUGCAAUAUCAUCAGGGGCUUUUAAUCCUGAGGCGAAUCUUCCGUUAGGAUUGGAAGUGUACAGAGGAAGGAUGUUUAUAACGUUGCCGAGGUGGAAAAAGGGUGUUCCUGUUACGUUAGCGUGGGUACCACUCAAUAGCAAUACCAAAUCUCCAGUAUUACACCCGUACCCGUCUUGGGCUUGGCACUCUCCCGGCAAUUGUCAAGGAUUGACUUCUAUAUUUCGAAUAGCUGUGGAUGAAUGCGGACGACUUUGGGUAAUGGACUCUGGAGUCAUCGACAUUGUGACAGGAGUGAAACGAGCUUGCCCUCCGCAGAUAUUAGUAUUUGAUUUAAACAAUGAUGAAUUAAUAGUACGAUAUCAAUUUCCAAAAGGUCAAACACCAGAAGGAGCUCUUUUCACCAACAUAGCAGUUGAUGUUAUCACUUGUGAAAGGACGUUUGCUUAUGCCUCAGAUGUUUUUCGAUAUGGUCUUGUGGUUUAUGAUCUGCAAAAAAAUAGAUCAUGGAGGGUGGAAAAUUCUUAUUUCUUUCCAGAACCUUUGCAUUCCAAGUAUAUUUUAGACGGUUUGACUUUUAAUUGGAAUGAUGGUAUAUUUGGACUGGCUGUGUCUCCAGUUGAAAGAGGUAGGAGAUAUUUAUAUUUCCAUCCCAUGUCAAGUUUCAGAGAAUUUAGAGUAGACACUAGGAUUUUGCACAACGAAACUUUGGCAAAAUCUUCUCCUGAAUCAUUUAUGCUCCUUGGCAAACGUAAAAGAGAAAUGGGCCAUUCAAGUGCAUCUGGAAUGGAUAGAAAUGGCGUUCUCUUUUACAACUUAGUCACUAUGAGUGGAGUGGGCUGCUGGAAUUCUCAUGUCGGAGUGCACAAUCCAGAAAGCCAUGGUAUCGUCGAGUUGAACAAUGUUACACUUUCAUUCCCAAACGAUUUAAAAAUAGACCACGAGGUGGAUCAAAGUGUUUGGGUUUUAAGUAACCGUUUACAUAAGUUUAUUUAUGGAAAAUUGGAUCAGAAUGACAUCAAUUAUAGAGUUCUAAUGGCUAAAACAAGUGAAGCUGUUAAAGGUACUCCUUGUGAACCCGGCUAUGUUUUACCUCCACCAAAACCUCGAAUGUGCCAAGAACUUUAAAACACAAAAAUGGUUUUGAAUCCUAAAGUUACCAAUUGUUAUUUUACCGAUCAUUCUAAUCAAGACGCUCCAUUUCUGUUUAUUCGUGUUUAGUGGUUCUUUAUGCAAUGCCAUGUGCAAAAUUUAAAUGCUUUUUCAUUUUUAAAAUGUUACAUGAUUGUAAUACUAAUGAACUUUAAAUAAUAGUCAUAACAUUGAAAGAAGUACAAUAUAUUCUAAUAUAUAUUUUUUUUAAACUUAACAACAAUCAAGAAAAGCUUUCAAUUUGUCAGUGUUCCUCAACAUUUAAAAUUUCAAUGAUUUUUACUAUAUUAUUACAUAAAUAUAAGCAAUUGUUUUAGUUAAUCAAGAAUU